CAGGAACCUGCAGCUUCUGAGCGCCUCAGGAAGGGUGAAAGAGGCUGAUCCUACAAACCUAGCGAGGAUGGAAGGGGGAAGAUGGACAGUUGACCUGGUCAGGCUGCCUCCUGCAUUCCUCCCAACGACCUCCAAGUUUUCCCUCCCAGGACCCUCUGAGAGAUCUGGUGAGUUGCAGGGAAUGGAGAGGGGGACAUGGGGAGAUGUUGGGAGUGAGGAAGCUCCUCUGGCAAGAAAACAAGGGAGGCUGCAGGUUAAGAACAGAGACAAACAGUGGAAAGAAAGGAGAGGAAUGUUUUUUAAUGGGGGUGCAAAGAAGAUUCUGUUGGGGACUGUUGCAGAGGGCAUGCCCCAUUUGGGCUUCUUCAGGGGCAGGAGAAUCCCUGCAGGUCCUCUGAGGCUCCUUUUGCUUAUUUUUCCGUCCUAGGAAAAUGCCUUCUGAGCUCCUCAGCAAGGAUAAAAGAGGCUGAUCCCGCAAUCCUAGCGAGGAUGGAAGGGGGAAGAUGGACGGUUGACCUGGUCAGGCUGUCUCCCACAACCUCUGACCGUUCCCCUCCAGGACACUCAGAGAGAUCUGGUGAGUGGCAGGGAAUGGAGAUGGGGACCUGGGGAGAUGUUGGGAGUGAGGAAGCUCCUUUGGCAAUAAAACGAGGAAGGCUGCAGGGCCAAAGCUCCAGGCUAGCAGAGAUAAAAGGUAAGAAGAAAGGAAAGGAAUGAUUUAAUGGUGAUGUGUAGAAGAUUCAUUUUCAGGCAUGAGUCCUUCUUUUUUCUCUGGUGGGGAUCAGGAGGAAGACACCCACUUUUACCAUGGAAACUGCGAGUGGGAGCUCCACACAUGGGGAGGCUCGCACAGCCUAGUUGGUAGCCCCACCUUGGACAAUAGAUUGCAGCAUUGCAGGGGGUUCGACUAGAUGAUUAUUGUGGUCCCUUCCAACUCUACAAUUUUAUGAUUCAUCCAGGAUUGGUUUGACCCAUUGGGGUGAGAAUCUGUGUCCGUUUCCACAGCCCACAGCAUCUCUCCUGCAAGCUUUCUUUGUAGGAGCUUAGCUGGGAUGUUGAAUCAGUCCCACCCCACACUAGACGAAGCACAUCAAAUGCCCACGAUCAUCUCAGAAUUAAUGGCCAUUCUGGAAUUAAUAUUAAAAAGUAAAGUGAAGGGAACCAUUAGGUCUAGUCGUGACCGACUCUGGGGUUGAUAUUAUAAUGCAUUUAUUAGGAAGAGAGAGAAAAAUGCCACUGCGGAGAGUUUGCCAUUAUUAAAAAGCUUUGCUUUGCUUUGUCCUCCUUUGGCAGAUGAUGGACUGAAAAGACUCCUUCUCAGUUUGCAUUUUGCAGCAACCAGCCACGAGGGGCUUGCAAGUCUUGCUGGGAUUGUAAUGGGGAUUAUUCUCUUAAUUUGGAUCUUCCCUUAGUUUCAGCAGGUGGUGGACAGGACAGUCGUUGUUCCCAGGUCCCAUCAGAAGUAACCAAGCGUGAUAAAGGCAUUCUUGCGCAGCCUGAUGACAGUCAAAUCCCAGUCCAGGAGAAACACCGCCAGGGAGAGAAAACAAAUCAGUGCCCAUCGUGUGGCAAAGCGUUCAGAAGCAAAUCUGCCCUCAACUCACAUUGCAGAAUCCACACGGAGGAGAAAGCACACAAAUGCUUGGAGUGUGGAAAGAGCUUCCUUGAGCGUUCACGACUUACUGAACACGAGCGAAUCCACACAGGAGAAAAACCAUUUAUAUGCUCGGAGUGUGGAAAGGGCUUUCAUCGUAGCAGCUGCUGCAGUAGACAUUAUGAAAGUCACAAGCUGGGGAAACCCUAUAACUACUUGGAGUGUGGAAAAGGCUUCCGUUGCCGCUCACACCUUAAAAAACAUCAAAACAUUCACACUGGGAAGAAAUCAUAUGCCUGUCUAGAGUGUGGAAAGGCCUUCAGUAACAACUCAGGCCUUGUAUAUCAUAAAAAAAUUCACACAGGGGAGAAACCGUAUAUCUGUUUUGACUGUGGAAAGAGCUUCCGUAAUAGCCAAGGUCUUCUAACUCAUCAAAAAAUCCACACAGGGGAGAAGCCGUAUAAAUGUCUGGAGUGCGGAAUGAGCUUCGCUUAUGCUUCAAGCCUGACAUCACAUCAAAAAAUCCACACCGGAGAAAAAUCAUAUAGCUGUUUGGAGUGCGGAAGAAACUUUGCCCAUCUAAUUAGCCUUACUUUACACAAGAGAACCCACACAGGAGAGAAACCAUAUAAAUGCUUGGAAUGUGGAAAGAGUUUCCGUCAGAGUGCACAUCUCAGUUCACAUCGGAGAACUCAUACCGGUGAGAAGCCAUAUAAAUGCUCGGAGUGUGGAAAGAGCUUCAGUCAGAGUUCACACCUUAAAGUGCAUGUGCGAUACCAUACAGGUGAAAAACCAUAUAAGUGUGUGACGUGUGGAAAGGGUUUCUGUACUAGCACAGAACUUAUUUGCCAUCGGAGGAUCCAUACAGGGGAGAAGCCAUACGAGUGCUUUGAGUGUGGAAAGAGCUUCAGCCAGGGUAUAAGCCUUCAUAUACAUAAAAAAAUUCACAGAGGAGAAAGACCAUAUGCAUGUUUUGAAUGUGGAAAGAGCUUUGGCCAGAGUUCAAGCCUUAGCACACAUCUGCGAAUUCACAGAGGGGAAAAGCCGUAUUCUUGUUUUGAAUGUGGAAAGACCUUUACUUGCAGCUCAGCCCUUCGUUCUCAUCACAAAACCCACGUGGGAAAGAAACCAUAAAGAUGCUUGCAAUAUAGUGGAAAAUUUGGUUUAUAAUCAUUCAAAGAAUUCAUAGAAGCAAGAAGCCACAACAAACUCACACCAAGUUAAAAGUAUUCAUAUUUUUCUCUGAAAAUAUAAGAGGGUGUGUCUGUUCUAGCCAGCAGCAAAGCUCAAGACCUGUUUCUUUCUUGGGUGUCUGUAGUGCAUCUCAAAAGCUCCUGCAGGCCAUUGUGACAACAUUUCAAAUCCUGUGAGUCGUCCUUCUGUUCUUUUCUCAAAAGAGGAAUUCAAGAAGCUGAGCAAGUCACAAAAGAACUGGAGGAUGUUGACUGUAAGGAACAGCUUUGAAUACAGACGAAAGGAAGGACUAAUAUUUUCAUACUCUGUAUGAAAGUAUCUAAUCUGGAAAAAGAACAUGGACAGGCCAUGUUCACGAGCUGCUUGUCAACUCCAGCAGGCUUUUGGCUGGUGCUCCUGGAGACAUGAUGGCUCCUUCACAAAGACCCUUGGUCGUUUCCAGUGAACUAGCUCAUUAAGUAAAGAGGGCCAGGAUUAAUUGAUUUGUUUUGUAAUAGCCGGGUAGUUUAGAAAUGUUUUUAGUGAUUGUGCAUUCCCUUUCUUUGUUCCAGCGGUGUCCCACAUUCUCCUUGCACCUUGCACAUGGAUGACAAAGGAGUAGGACUUAUUCCUGUAUUAUUAAGGGGAUCACAGAAUCCAUAGAGUUCCCCGUUUUGCAGAUUUAACCGGUCUGAUCUUUUAAAACCUUAAGAUGUUUAAGGGCUUCUCGAAAUUUUGGUUGUUUCUUUGCUCAACGGAGGGAUCUGUAAAUAAACUCUUAGAACCGCCCCUUCCAUUUUAGCCAGGGUUCUUUGAAGCACACAAAUCUUCAGGAUAAACUUUGGUAGGAGUCAGAGGCCUGCAUGCCUGGAGUUCAUUACAGGCACAAUUAGUGCCAGCUAAUUUAGAUUAACUCAAUUGGCAGCUGUCUAGGCAAUGUGUUAAAAUAUAUAUAAUGGAUUAUCACAGGAAGGAAGGGGGGGGGGAAUCCAGUUCAAUAAGUGUUUUCAUUUUGGAAAUUUUAACCCACUUCUGGUCAUACCAUCGGGUGCCUCUGGUUUUUAGGCCAGGGAAGAAUUGAAGCAAUGCAUGGCUCCAUUUUGAGAACUGGAUUUGGUGUUCAUCCCAAAGUGAAGAAAAGUUACUUAAAAGUGUGUGUGUGUGUGUGUGUGUGUUAAAAUUUUGAUUUUGAAAUACAGUAGACAC